CAAUUAAUUAGAUUACUGCAGCAGUUGCGGUUCGUCCGUAAAGUGGUGUAAAUUGGCAAUUCGUCGUUUUCGACGAUUUGGGAGUCUUUUAGCUCCCAAACUAUUUUUUGUGACGUUAACAUCUAUUCUUUUUGUCUUACAAACGACAUCAUCAAAAGGUGUUUUAUUUAUUUAACCUAGAGUACCCUUAAACAUGGCUUUUUAAGAUGAUUCUCUUGAAGACGUGCGUAGUUCCUCCUUUCGGAGUUUCUUGCUCCUUCGAACGCUGUUCAUUCAAAUUCAUACGUCAUGGACAAAAAGUCUGCCCGCUCAGUUCAACCUCUGGCCAAGGGGGCAAAUUUUGACAAAAAAACACAAGAUAAUAAUGGUAAAUCAUUGGCAAAAGGAGGCUACCGUAGAGAGCCAGCUUCUGGCAGCCUCUCUGUCAAGCCAGAGGUUCCUCGUAAAAGUUUUCCACGUUCCAAAACUUCUGAUAAGCGGCCGAGGCCACGUGGCCAACAAGAUGCUGUGGCUAGAGAUGAGACAUCCAGCCUAGAAAAUCAACUGCCUGAACUUGGCUCAGCUCACACGCCAGGAGGUAAAAAAGCAAAUAUCAACCAUUUGACCAAUUUUACGUAUGCUCCGAGAAAUGGGGUACAAAGAGAAAAUGGAAAUAAAAAAUACAAAAAUGGAAAUCACUGUGUGAAAAGACACAAGUAUGUGAAAGAACACUUUCUUCAAGCUAACUGCCAGUUUGUUGUUAAUACAUCUGGAGACUAUAAACAACACUUGAGCAAUCCUGAUGCUAUAGUGGACUGGAACUACAUUGAACAAAUAAACUUACAAGUGAACGACUUUCCAUUAUGUCCGAUAUGUCGCUGUACACCCUCUGCAGCUAAAAUUACUAGAUGUGGUCAUAUUUUUUGCUGGUCUUGCUUUCUGCAUUAUUUGGAUCUGUCUGACAAUUCUUAUCAAAAGUGUCCAAUCUGCUUCCAAAAUGUUUACGAAGGAGAUUUGAAAAGCGUGAUUAUCAUUCCUCAUAACACUUUCAACAUUGGUGACACCAUCACCUUUAAAUUGAUGAAGAGAAAUGAGAACUCGCUUACGCCCUAUCCAGCCGAACAGCAGAAAAUUUCAAACGAAAACUCCUUGAUACACUUUUCUGAAGACGAACCCUCCAAAAUGUACCGUAAGCUGCUGUUGGCCCAAAAUUCCGACAUUUGUUCAAUUAUCGAUCGCGAAAAAACGGAAUUGGAACGACAAUUGCUCGAUGCUGAGGAUUCUGAGGUGUGUUUCAUAGAGAAAGCCACCAACUAUAAUCGAGAAAGGGAGGCCAAGGUUUUGGGGGAUAGAGUUAAUGAAAUGGGACUCUCCGAAUCCCCUCCUAAUGUAACUUUGAAGGGAAUAGGUAAAGCUUCUAAUCCUACCGAAGAUGAUUCAGAAAGUCAGAUGAAUCCCAAAUACAUCUACUUUUAUCAAGCAUCUGAUGGACAACACAUAUACAUUCACAGUUUGAAUGUAAAAAUGCUUAAGCACACCUACGGUUCCCUGGAGUAUGCCCCAACCACUAUAACAGCUAAGAUUCUAUCAAAAGAGAGUGAUUACAUGAGUGAGGAGUACAGGAAGUGCUUCAAGUAUCUCGCUCACUUACCGGUCACAUGCCCUUUUGAAACUAUGGAGAUAGAGUUGGACAAUACCGUUGUUACACAAGAAACGUUGGAUUUCUUUAAUGCUCAGUUGGAGGAAAGAAAAAGGAGACGGGUGAAGAAAGCGAAAGAGGAAAAGAUACGCGAAAUGCGUAUAGCAGAAGAAGAAGACCGAAAAAUCUUCAAGAGGUACCCAGAAACUCAUAUUCCACUGGAAUCCACAGAACAGUUCCCUUCUUUUGGGUCCCCUCCCAUCUCGGGUUCAGAUAUUCAUGCAGGCAUUGAACAAAACGAGCCUGGCAGUAGUAGCUGGGAAUGCAGUGGUCCUUCGUUUGCCAAGAUGGCAGCAACUGUGAGGACAAAAUCGAAUCCCUGGCCAGGUCUUAGAAGCCCAUCAGUUGCUAUUCCCACCAGUUCAUCGAAAAUGACAAGUUUGAGCGAUAUAUCGGGAAGAAGAAGAUACAAUUCGAAUUGUACAGCUACAAGCGACGAACAAGAUGGUGGUAUUGACCAGGAAUUUGUUCCUGAAUCGAGGGUGACAAUUGGUGAUGCUAUAGCUCAAGCCCUGCAUAAGGCGUCUCGGCAAGAACAGACAGGGUCAUCAGGUUGUAGUGAGAAGGGUAAGAAGAAGAAAGCAAAGCGCACACUUCUGAUGUCCAAUUCCUCAUUUUUUGGUUAUUCAUAAAUUUGUUCAAUUUCAAAUUGUUUGUGAGAUUUUUAAAGAAUUUGUGACUAUAUUUUACAUUUGCUAAAAAAAAUUCUUUUAAAAAGUGUUGUAUGCUAGAUAUGUAUAUAUAUGUUAUCAAAUCAUUGAUUUUCUUUAGCAAAAUAAAAAAUUCUGAUUA